GGGAGGGGGCCGCGUGACCAGAUCAGAGGUUUUACCUCCAGGUCCACGCAAAUUUUAGCUUUGGAAUCUAUUGCACGCGAUGUUCUAUUUAAGUCGUGUUUAUAAACACGGCGGGUGCAACACAGCCUGCUGAAGGGGAUACAAGUUCAUCUUUCCCGUCGAUGUUUUGCUAAACGGCUGUACGCCGUACGCACCUCGACAAGAACGCGGCGUUUACACCCCGCGUCGGUCUUUCGGACAGCCGCCGACAAACAAUCGCGAACAACAACAACAACAUCAUCGCGCGCGGUUUAUCGAUCAUCAAAUCGUUGGACCCAGCCGCUCGUCGUUAAUCUCGAGGGUUUUUAUCCCUCUGAGCUGACAUCGCCGCCGCCGUCGUCGUCGUCGGCACGCCGAGAGCCCCCGGGGCGAGGGAGGCGGAGUGCGACCCGCGUCGUCUUCGUCGUGUUCGUGUCCGAGGCAGCCUCUGGCUACACGGGGCAGGCAUCGAGGACCGCCACCUCCACCGCCUCCACCGCCCCCCUCGACGUCGUGAGCAGCCGACGAGACCGCUCGACGGUCUGCCCGCCGUCGUAGCACGCAUCCACCGUGCAUGGAUCUGGCGCAAGUGUCCGAGCCGCCGUCCGCUACGUUGCGGGCGGCGGGCGCGAUUCCUCGCUCCGCCGAAUCCCUCCUGCCCUGCUGCUCCUCGCCGUCCAUCCUGACCAUCGAAGGAGACAGCCGCAGCAGCCACGCAUUCAGCUCGAGCUCGCAGAGCUCCACGGCGAGCCGCGUGCUGGCGCGCAGCACCUCCACCGCCGCGGUGGCACGGGCAGGGCCGGCGGCGCCGCCGGCAAGAGCUGGGCGAGAGGUGUCGCACGCUGCCAGCCGGCGAAACGAUGCGCUGCGGGAAAUUGUCUGUGUGCCGGCGGACGGGCACGUGAUCUUGGCCCAUGGUAGUCGGUGUGGGCAUGGUGGCAAGGAGACGACAGUCACCACCGUUAACCCUGGAGGGUUGGAUGAAGAUGAGUUCAAAGAAAAUGUGAUGCACCUGCCUGUGAAUGGACAACUGGGGGUGGACGUUAUUGCCCCAUCAGUUCGGGGCUCGAGUGCCGGCAGCCCGCAGCGUUCUCAUGCGCUCGACGAUCAAAGAGAAGCGUGCAAAGACACGGACUGGGAUGCGGCGUCAUAUUGCACGGAUGACAGCAUCGUCGUGUCUCGCCAUGUUGCUGGUGAGAAACAAGCUGCAAGAACAAUCAUCGGUCAGAGGCGUGCGCCAGCCGGUGGCGCACGCAGGAAGGUGCGCGUCCGUCUACUGGACUCGUUUGCGUCGGCUCCGGCCGCCGUGAGCGACGCUGCCGCUCAGGAGCGGCAGCAGCACCAGGAGGCCGCCGCCAUCACGGCCGCUUCGGCGGCUGCUGCCACGGCCGCGGCCCUCGCCGCUGCUGCUCCCGUGCUCAAGGCUCAGAGUGACCUGGAGGUGAAGGUGGCUGGCGUGACGGAGUUGGUGUCCGGUCUGGCACGGGAGUUGGCGCGGGCGCGAGAGCGGGACGUGGGGCCGGACCUGAUCAGGCGGCGUCCAGAGGAGGACGAGCAGCAGCAGCAACAGCAGCAGCAGCAGCAGCGAGUGCUGCGGCUACAGGAGCAGCUGCAGGAGCAGCUUGUGCAGCGCAUCUCUGGACUGGAGAAGCAGCACCAGCAGCACGUUGAGUUACAGACUCGCCUGCUGGGCCGCGCCCUGGCCCCGCCUGCCGUGCCGGAGAGCGCCGCCUAUUGGCCGGUGGCCAACAGUGGCCCCCCGAGCGGCCACGCGGGCCCCCCAGCGAAACGCGCGGGCGCCCCGUUGACGUCCGGGACGCCCGCCGAGAAUGCCGACCUCUGCUCCCGCGCUCCGCCGUCGGGGCCUGUGGGGCCGACACGGCCGACACGGCCGCCCGUCGGCGGCGCGCGGGCCCCACGCGACGAGGCCGGGCCGGCGCUCGCCGACGACGACGACCCGUCGGCCUCGGGCGACCGCGCCGCAGUGGGCCCUGCCAGGCUACCCGCUGCGCGUGCCGGUGGCGGUGGGGACAGCGGUGCGAGGGGUGCCAUGGGCGGUGUGCUGGACACGCCGGCACCCAGGCCAUGGGCCCCCGUACCCAUUCCGCGUGACAAGAGGAGGCCCAGGACCCAGCCUGGAGGGCGCCCACAGCCUGCACCCAAAGCCGGAAAUGGGAAAUUUCUGCGAGAGGACACGUUGAGUAAACAGGAAGGGCACAGGGGGAGCACGGCACCCCCACAGAGCCCUGCGGCCGAGGUCCCCACGGUGGCGCCCAGCUGGACGGCCAGACCCAGGUCUCCGGGAGCAGGCGGAGGGCGCGACGAGCAGGGCAGCCCAGCGGUGAAGAGGGCGGGGGAUCUACUGCAGGACCUGGGCCGCAUCAAACACGACAUGCAGGCCAUCCUGCAGGAGGCGGAGAGGUGGCAGGCCAACGUGGAGAGGGCAGCAAAGCCGCUGCCCUCGGCUCCGCGCAUCCCGGCGCAACCCCCGGUGAGGGUCGCUGGGCCGGCGCUGCGGCCCUCCCGUCUGUCUGCCACCGCCGCCCCGGCCCCGGUCGCGGCCCCCGCGCCGCUCGACGCUUCCCCGGCCCGACCGCCGCGGACGGCGGCCUCCCGAGCCGAGGCCGCCCUGCUGGAGGAGGCCGGGCGGACGCUGCAUCAGGUGCAGGACAACCGCAGGAACCUGGAGGAGAACCUGCGCUCCGUGGUGCGGGGUCGCGACGGCGCCGUCAACUACGCGCUGCUGCUCGGAGCGAUCGCCGAGGGCAGUGGAGCUGAAGAAAAGUUGAGGAUAAGAAGAACGGUGGACGAAUGGAUCUCAGUUAUGAGCAAGGAGAUUGAGGAGGAAAUUGAGACGGAGACUAAGCGACCGGUCAAGAGCGCUGCCGAGGCCCCGUCUGUUGAGAGGGGCUCGCGACGCAGUGAGCAGCGGUCCCAGGCGAGGCCCCCAAAAGCUCAAGCCCAGGAGCAGCCCCUGCGCCGGGCCCCCGCGAAAACUGCGGCGCCGGCCAAGACUUCCGUGCCGGGUGGCCAGCUGAGGCCUAAGACGAAGAGGAGUCAGGAGUCCACGGAGGCCCUGGCGGGCCACGUGUACGGCCGCGGCCUGGAGCAGCAGCCGCGGCGGUCGACGGCCAAGCGCGAACCGUACCUGCGCCUCGCGUCCCCGUCGCCCGUCAGGGCCCGGCGUGCCGCCCCCCGCGUCGUGGAGACUGUCAGAGGUACGAAGAUACGGUCUGCACGCACUCAGACAAGCCCACCGCGAACCAUGCCCUCCGGACCUACCCAGUACCUGUUCAGCCCGAGCAGAGCGCUUUGUCCAUCCUCGGGCAUCACAGGGCCCACGGAGGGACACCUCAUCCCCAUGGCCAUCCCCCUGGGAGCACCGAGGAAAGACGGGCCUGUCCCACAGCCGUUUGCCGUCACCAUCGCGGGCCCUCCGCGGCCGGUCACCGUGACGACCUCGGUGCCACCCUCCCCGCGCAAGCGGCGUGGCGGCGGCGGCGCCGUGGGCGUGAGGCCCAACGUGGCCGUCGUGGAGAUGAGGUCGGAGAAGAGAGAGCCCCCGGUGCUGUCAGUGCAGGUUUUGCCAAACGUGGACAUUGAGAGCGUGGUCAGCAGCAGCAGCAGCAGUCCGCCUCAGAGGGACGCAUCCCCGGAGCCUCCAGCACGGACGCUCCCUACGGCAGAGGGAGCUCCACAGCCUCCAGAUCUGAGCGAGAGGGAGGAUGGCUUUCCUGGAACAAGCUUCAUCAACGUCACAGACCUGCCCCAGGGAAUUGAGGCAGAGGAGGAGUUCUCUGACGGCCCAAUCAUUGAGCUGAAUGGCUACGCCGAGUCUGACUUGGAUCCCACGGGGGCCCCCAGCUUCCCGUACAGGGCCCCGGCUCCUGUGGCCCCGCGGGUGGACGUUGAGUUGAAACUGCGUCAGCGGGACCCAACGCACGGCCAGCUGCUCAUAUGGGUGGAGCAGGAGCUGAUGGCUCGUGUCGUGUCCGAGCUGCUGCCCCGUCUCCAACGGCAGCGGCAGCAGGAGGAAGCCUCCGAGUCGGAGAGUGAGGAGGGCCGGCCGUAUGGAUCUGACAUCGUGGAGGCAGCAGGCGGUGGGGGCCUGCAGCUGUUUGUGGACGCGGGGCUCCCCGUGGACUCGGAUCUCGUGCGGGCGCUCGUGGCCGAAUCGUUGGCCGAGGUCGUCGCCGUCACCCUGGGUCAGCGUCCCGACGCGGGGCCGGCGAGGCAGGCGGCCCGGUCGCCCCCCCGAGCGCGCUCACCGCCCCGCAUGGUGCCCACGCCGCUGCCCACCCCCCAGCACACCCCUCCCCGCGUGCCCUCGCCGGACGCGCGCGCGGAUGCCCCUCGCGUUCGCACGCCGGUGCCGACGCCUCGCACAUCCCUCUCGGAGUCGGAGGAGUCGGAGGGCAUCCCGACUGGCCCAGAGUUGGCACAAGAGGGCCCCCUGCCGGUGGUCAUUGUGGCGGUCGCCACGCCGGCGCCCAGCCCGUCCCCUCCGGCCUCCGCGAGGGCCCCCACCCCCGAGCCCCUGCCGACCGCCAACCCUUGGGGGGACGCAGAGCUGCCCCUGGAAGAGGAGAACCCGAGCCCGCGGCCCAAAGAGUCGCCGCGUCGCCCGCCCGUGGUGAUGUCGGUGCAGCGCGAGGAGGAGCCCACAAGUCUGGUGGGGCCCCCAGUGCCCAGCCCGGUCCCCGUGACGCGGUCGCCAACGCCGCCGCCGCCACCGUCCCCUUCGCUGUCCCCACGCUCGCCGCUGCCACGGGAAAACACCCCCAGCAGCUCGCUCAUCUCCAUCACCGAGACGGAAACCGGCGACAGAAACUUCUCGGACGGCGAGAUCCUGGUCAGCUACAACCGCAUCCUGGCGGCCCAAGCCCUGGCAGAGGAAGGAGUCACUUUGGUGAAUGGUGUGCCCAACCUCUCCAACACCUUACACGACGUGCAGGACAUGGACUUCGAUCCUCCGAGUGAAGGUCAGGUGGUCAGACAGCCACCCUGGGGAGCUCACAGGGACCCCGUGCUCUCCAUGAUGGUCAGCACGAAGCAGAAGCCGGUGGAAGGCUUCCCUAUACACUACCGGCCAGAGAGCCCGGACGACGAAGAGGACGAGGGGAGUGUUGGAGAGCUGAGCGAGGGCCAGAGGCCCAAGCUGACGACCGCUGCGGAGACCGUCAUGAUGGGUCACUCUCGCUACGGCGUCGCUACCACGCGCCAGGCAGGCGACGCGGGGAGACGCUCGCCCGGCGAGCAUGGCUCAGACGGGGUGGGCCCCGAGGACGGCGCCGGCAGCGUGGGGCCCAUGUCGCUGCGGGACCUGGGCUCUCGAUCGAGCGGCACUCGACAGCCGAGGCAACGCAGCCCCGAGCGGCAGCCCCCUGCGGCGCGGCCUCGAGAGCUGCCCAGAAGCAGAGUCAUCCACGUGGGACGGCGAGAGGAGACGGCCGCCACCACAUCUGGAGCAGAGGAGUUGGCCUCGGGGGACCUUUGCCGCACCGUGGUGGAGCCCAGCCGCUACCUGCACGGCGCUGCAGGAGACUCCCGGCAAGUGGGCGGGCGGCCGAGCGGUGACGCGCAGGUGCCCGCGUCUGCGCCGGGGAUACGGCGUCGCGAUGAGGCCGGGGACAGCGGCAGCGAGGACACGCUGCAGGACCUAUCCGAGGGGUCCCUGCGGGGCACGUAGUGCUCCCUCGGGGCCCCUGUAGGGCACGUAGUGCUCCCUCGGGGCCCCUGUCGGGCACGUAGUGCUCCCUCGGGGCCCCUGUAGGGCACGUCGCGCUCCCUCGGGGCGACGUCGGGCCCCCCACGGCGAUCCCCGAGCCUCGCGGGCAGCGCCGCUGUCGUACUACGACCACGUCGCGUUGAGCGUUUGAAAGGCGAUCGAAGUGCACUUGAGGCACACUUGAAGUGCACUUGAAGUGGCAGCCAAUGGUGCUUGUUGUGGGUUUAAGACUAGGGGUCAGGAACCUAUGGCCCACUGACGAAAUAUGACCCUUGGCCACAUGAGGCCUCCCACUUAUAAAUGGGCCACAAAGAUUUUUUAUCCAUCGCUGCGAACAUCUUAGCCACAAAAAUCGGGUACUUGAGGGAAAUAUUUCCAACUUGGCAGUGCAUACUGUUUCAGAUUUCAGCAAGUUCAAUCAACUUCUGUCACUGCAGGGGCAUCAGCUAUAGAAGCGACUGUGGUGUGUGUUCAUGUGUGGCCCCUGCCAAAGGGAUUUGAAAGUCCUACUUCAGCCCUGUGUAAGGAAAAAGUCCUGCACUCCUGGUUUACAUACCUUGAAACACUGCAAUGUUACAUAGAUUGAGCUGCAAACAUGUGCAUUGAGAUGCAAGUUAAGGAAGAUCUGUACAAGAAAUAUUCCAUCCAAAAUUAAAUGCACCGUGUUUAAUUGACAUUCAUUCAUGAGGAUUAAAGCAUAUUCGUCUUUUACAAAUCACCCUCAACAAAGGGAUUAAAGUAAUGUUUGGCCACUUGAAGGCAUUUUUUCUACCAAUGGACGUCAUUUUAGACAUUUAUCCAUCUAUUUAAACAGUUUAAACAGGAUAACAAAAUACUAUCCAGUGUCAAUCGUUGGAAGGCCUCCCACACCCAUGUUGGUCAUGGGGCUUGUUUGACCAUACUUGACUACAUUGGUCAAUGUGGCUCUAUGAAAGGGGGCUGGGGGGGGGGGCAUGGCUGGUUCAGAUGUCACUACACUCAUGUUCGCCAUGGCUAGGAAUUUAACUCAGGUCGCUGGGUUUAUGGUGCAGUACGCUGACUCCUGUGCCACCCAAUUCACAUAUCACUUUAGACAUCACUGAUUCCCGCCCUAAAUGUUGUGUUUGUGUUGGGUUCCCUUCAGUGAAAAUUUUGGCAUUUGGUGCCGCAUUUUUCAGGAUGCAGUGUUUUUACCGGUGCACUAAUGGUGACUGGCGUUAGACCACAUUAUUUGCUAAAUCACAUUGGAAAACAUGUAAUUGCAGUUGACGUCCACACAGCAUACUGUUCUUUCACACGCAGCAGCAGUCUUGAUGCAUUUAAGAGAUUAUUGCGAGACCAAAGGUUUGUGCCCUGGUUUCGUGCCAUUUCUUUAUUUUUUUAAAGUCUUGCAUUAUUGCUUGUCAAUUUGAAACGUUGAUCUGCCAUGCGGCGAGUUAGCCUAAUGCUGUUUUACUAUUUUUUUUUGCAAAGCUACAUUGCCGAUAAGCAUUUAAAAUUGCCACGUAAUAAUGAAAAUUCUGUGAAAUAAGGAACACGUGCCAGCCCUGCUCGUAGGGGGGGGGGGGGGGGGUAGCCACCAAAAGCUUUCCCCCUGGAGCUCCCU